AUGGUACCUUGUGGGUCAUGGUACCUUGUGGGUCAUGGUAACUUGUGGGACAGGAGGCAUCCAGGAGAGUCAGGAGGCAGCGAGGAGAGUCAGGAGGCAGCGAGGAGAGUCAGGAGGCAGCGAGGAGAGUCAGGAGGCAGCGAGAAGAGUCAGGAGGCAGCGAGGAGAGUCAGGAGGCAGCGAGGAGAGUCAGGAGGCAGCGAGGAGAGUCAGGAGGCAGUCAGCAGAGUCAGGAGGCAGCGAGGAGAGUCAGGAGGCAGUCAGGAGAGUCAGGAGGCAGCGAGGAGAGUCAGGAGGCAGCGAGGAGAGUCAGGAGGCAGCGAGGAGAGUCAGGAGGCAGCGAGGAGAGUCAGGAGGCAGCGAGGAGAGUCAGGAGGCAGUCAGCAGAGUCAGGAGGCAGCGAGGAGAGUCAGGAGGCAGUCAGGAGAGUCAGGAGGCAGCGAGGAGAGUCAGGAGGCAGCGAGGAGAGUCAGGAGGCAGCCAGGAGAGUCAGGAGGCAGCAAGGAGAGUCAGGAGGCAGUCAGGAGAGUCAGGAGGCAGCGAGGAGAGUCAGGAGGCAGCGAGGAGAGUCAGGAGGCAGCGAGGAGAGUCAGGAGGCAGCGAGGAGAGUCAGGAGGCAGCGAGGAGAGUCAGGAGGCAGUCAGCAGAGUCAGGAGGCAGCGAGGAGAGUCAGGAGGCAGCGAGGAGAGUCAGGAGGCAGCGAGGAGAGUCAGGAGGCAGCGAGGAGAGUCAGGAGGCAGCGAGGAGAGUCAGGAGGCAGUCAGGAGAGUCAGGAGGCAGCGAGGAGAGUCAGGAGGCAGCGAGGAGAGUCAGGAGGCAGCGAGGAGAGUCAGGAGGCAGCGAGGAGAGUCAGGAGGCAGCGAGGAGAGUCAGGAGGCAGCGAGGAGAGUCAGGAGGCAGUCAGCAGAGUCAGGAGGCAGCGAGGAGAGUCAGGAGGCAGCGAGGAGAGUCAGGAGGCAGCGAGGAGAGUCAGGAGGCAGCGAGGAGAGUCAGGAGGCAGCGAGGAGAGUCAGGAGGCAGUCAGGAGAGUCAGGAGGCAGAGAGGAGAGUCAGGAGGCAGCGAGGAGAGUCAGGAGGCAGCGAGGAGAGUCAGGAGGCAGCGAGGAGAGUCAGGAGGCAGCGAGGAGAGUCAGGAGGCAGCGAGGAGAGUCAGGAGGCAGCGAGGAGAGUCAGGAGGCAGCCAGGAGAGUCAGGAGGCAGCGAGGAGAGUCAGGAGGCAGCCAGGAGAGUCAGGAGGCAGUCAGGAGAGUCAGGAGGCAGCGAGGAGAGUCAGGAGGCAGCGAGGAGAGUCAGGAGGCAGCCAGGAAUGGUUAG